AUGCUAAGUAUUAGACGAACUUUAAAUGGUAACUUAGUCAAAGCCAUUAACCUGCAACUUAUUAUAUCACAUUAUACUCCGAGCAUGUCACAAGUGCAGAUAAUUCUUUUUAUGCCCUUAACACUUGCAGAAUGCCUCAAAUGUUACAGUUGUGAUGGUCCUGAAGAGUGUGCUGCUCCACGAGAAGAACUGUGCCCCCAAAAUAAUGAAUGUUUUACCGUUGCUCAAAACUAUGAUACAAAAUUAAAUGGUUUACGAAAAGGAUGCUCACCAACAUGCGACCGGGUAAAUAUUGAAGGAAAAUUGUGCAGAACUUGUAAAUUCGAAUUAUGUAAUGGGAAAACAGGUUUGGGAAAAGCAUUCGAAAAACUUGGUGCUUUGCCAUCUCGAAGACCUCUCGGUCCCAAAAAAAGUGUUAAUGGAAAGAAGAGGACAUCUUUACUAUUACUGCAGCUAUUAGUUUUGAUUGAUGUAAUGUAA